AUGUUGGAUCGUGAAGGAAUUAAGGGAAUUAAAGGAUGCUCUAAGGUUACUUCUCAACAAAGAGCCAACAUGAAAAAGUUAGUUGAAGAUUGCAAAGAGAGGAUAAAACGUGCAGCUCCUAAACCAGUCCCAUUGCCAUCGUCAUCAAGGAAUGCAGCUAGUUCUUCUCUCGAUUAUGAUAUGAGCUAUAGAGAUCAUGUUGCAAGUGGGUUUGAUCCAAAGAAAAGAAAAGGAAUGGGUACUCCUUUGGAAAAAUCAUUUAAGAAUGAGGCUAGGGAGCAAUGUGAUGGUGAGGUAGCUAGAAUGUUCUACACAGGCGGUUUGUCUUUCAACCUUGCAAGAAAUCCUCACUACCAAAAAUCAUAUACGCGUGCAUCAUACCUUCCCGGAUAUGUUCCUCCUGGAUAUAAUUCAUUGAGGACUACACUUCUUCAGAAAGAAAGAAAGAAUCUUGAUAUGCACUUGUUGCCUUUAAAGAACACAUGGAAACAAAAAGGAGUUAGUGUAUGUAGUGAUGGUUGGUCAGAUCCACAAAGAAGACCGAUAUUUAACUUGAUUGCUGCAAAUGAGAGUGGUCCAAUGAUGUUAAGGGCGAUCAAUAGCCAAGGUGAAACAAAAACUGGCGAGAUGAUUGCGGAUCUGAUUAUAGAAUGCAUCAAGGAGAUUGGGCAUGAAAAUGUGGUUCAAGUAGUCACCGACAACGCUUCAAAUUGUGUAAAAGCUGGUUCACUAAUUUCAACCAAAUUUCCUACUAUCUUCUGGACUCCAUGUGUGGUACAUACCUUGAAUCUUGCUUUGAAGAAUAUAUGUUCACCAUUACAAACCACAAGAAACAAUGAAGAUGUGUAUGAAGCUUGUUAUUGGAUAAAGUCUCUCAGUGAGGAUGUUAUUUGGAUCAAGAAUUUCAUCAUGAAUCAUGGAAUGAGACUUGUGAUGUUCACAGAGCAUUGCGAUCUUAAACUUCUUACAAUUGCUUCUACGAGAUAUUAUAGUUCAGAGUGGCUUGGAGAAGAGACCAUUAGAAAAGCUCCACAUCAAGAUUUGGAGGUUACAAGAGAAAGAAAAAAUUGCAUCAUGAGAUAUUUUCCAGAUCAAGAUGAAAGGAGAGAGGUUAACGUUGAAUACUCUAAUUUUUCUUUAUGCUUGGAAGAUUUUGGUAGUGUUGAUGCAAUGCAUGAUAGGUUUAUCUUAGAACCUUUAAAAUGGUGGGCUGUUCAUGGAGCUUCAGCACCAAAGCUCCAAGCUUUAGCAUUUAAGUUGCUUGGACAACCUUCUUCAUCAUCAUGUUGUGAAAGGAAUUGGAGCACUUACAAAUUCAUACAUUCGGCAACAAGAAACAAGAUUGCUCCACAAAGAGCAGAAGAUUUGGUAUUUGUGCAUACUAAUCUUCGUCUUCUAUCUAGAAGGAGUUCUACUUAUAAAGAUGGUCCUAAUCAUAUGUGGGAUGUUGGUGGUGACCAAUUUGAUUCAUUGGAUGAGAUAAAUCUUGGAAGACUUGAGUUUGAGGAUCUUUCUCUUGAUGAACCAGAGAUGGAGUCUGUUGUGUUUGCUAAUGGUGAUGAAAAUGAAAAGGAAGACGAUGGUCCAAAUCUUUGA